ACUCAAUUCUGUCAAAUUGUAAAAGUCGACGAAACAUUGUUCUUGUUUUGACGAAAAUUUGAACUGAUUUUUAUUAAAUACAUAUCUCGGCAUUAUUUCGUGAAAAAUAAACGUAGAAUAUUGCAAUAGCGAUCACAGUGCAAAAUGGCGAAUCUGAAAUCGGAUUUGGAUCAAUACUUGCUACAGAACGAGAAUCGAAGGAGCUAUAAAAUCAGUUUACCAUUCUCGACUCCUAGUUUUUUCUCUCGCAGUAAUGAGGAAACUCCCACCAGCACCAGCUCAACCGGAACUUGGUUUGAGAACGUACAGAAAGAAUAUUUCACCUUGAGUCGAACACAGAGGUUCAUGGGCUUUGGCAUAUGCUUGUCGCUGGGAAUCCUCUGCUUCAUAUUGUCAUUCUUGUACAUACCCUUCCUACUGCUGCAAGCCAGGAAAUUUGCCCUUUUGUUUACUUUGGGGAGUGUCUUCUUUAUAUUUAGCUUCAGUUUCCUGUAUGGCCCAUGGGCUCACAUGAAGUCACUGUUUUCCAAGGAGCGAGCAGUCACCACAGUGCUGUACGGUUUCACUCUAGUUGCCACGCUGUACUGUGCACUACAUCUACAGAGCACAGCCCUGACUAUCAUCUGUGCAGUUGCACAAGUGCUAGCACUCAUGUGGAUGAUGCUCGGAUCUAUACCGGGAGGCUCAUCCGGCGCCAGGGUGAUAGGGAGCAUGUUCAAGUCCUCAGUAUCAAAUACUUUGCCCAUAUAACAGAUAAGUCAACACAUUUGGUUGAAUGUGUGCUCACCUUUAUUAUUUUUAAGGAUUUUUGCACAUGAUGACAUUUUCCACAGUCAUUGCACAACUAAUUGAAAUACAAUAUAAUAUUGUUUGUUAGUCAAAAUUGUGAAUAUGGAUUUUACUGUUAGGCUUUAUAAGCUGUAAAUAGAUAUAAGCAGGUGUAGGUUCGCAUAAUAUGUACAUAGUUCUCAAAUCUGUAAAUAUAAAAGGCAACUUUUACUGACUGAUCUAUCAACUCUAUGAUCUAUGAAUAGCUAUGAUUUAUGAAAGCACAGAUAAUUAUUAUAAUAUAAGGCCAAGGAAAUCAGCAUGAAAGGAUUUUACAAAUUCCCUCUUGGCCAAGGGGAAUUCCUGUGGUAUAGUAAAAUAUUCCAAGUUCAUACAGAUAACUACAGCACAGUCUCAUGAGGAUCAGCAAAAUAAUAAUAUGUUUACUUUGCUACUCUUUAUGAUCACUUUAUAUACAAUACACUCUACAUUAUAUUUCCCUCUAAUAAAUAAGAAAUAUUUUGAAACUUUCAUAUUCACAGGCUUUGUAUAUCAAAAUGGUCUAAACAUGAAGUUGUAUUUACUGCACGUCAAAAUAUCAUCAUGUGCACUGUAAUUACUUUUAUUGUAAGUAUUUUACAUUUAAAUCUAUUUAAUUUAAAUUUAGGAGUAACCUAUGUAAUUUCAGAAUAUGAAAGGGUUUAUGGCAAAUUAUAUAAACUAGUGAUUCUCCUCAUAUCACUUCAAAGGUAGCUAAAGUUAAAAGAAUUUCUAAAUGAUAUUUUGAAAUUAUCCUUAGCCUCUUAAAUUCUCAAGAAAAUAUGCUGUUAAAAGACUUCUGAUAAAGUUUGGGUGUCAAUUUUUUGAUUACCUACACUUUUGAGGCUUGAGUUUGUUCCCUGCCCUAUUGUGUAAAAUAUAUUAUUGUGAUAAAAUAGUCAUGUUUCUAACAUGUCCAAUAUUUACCAUAUUGGUCAUGUUAGAAACUCAGAAUACAGAAACCAUGUUCAGUUGUCAUUAUUAAGCACGCAUUGUGUUCAAAAAUUGUAACUGUCUAUGCACAACACAGCACACAGAGUGACAAAUCGCUUCUUCGUGAUAUUACAUCAAAAAGAGAGUAAAUUCAACAGCUUCAUUCCUAUGCAUUUACACCUUUUGGGGUUUUCUGUAUCCUGAGAUUAUAAACAAAAUUUAUGUAUGUAUAGAAACAUGUACUUAUCUCUUAAAUAUAAUAUCAAUGGCUAUCUGCUACUUUGUUAUUUAUUUAUAUAUUUUUUAAUUAAACAACUAACAUGACUUUGCUGAGUUUUACAAUAUGUGUGGGUAGUAAUAUGCCCUUUUAGCUGACUAAUGGUUCGAAGCUCAAAAAUUUCACUCUUUGUAAUAUGAACCAAAAUCCUUAUUAAAAAAUGUUAUAUUAUUGAUUAUGAAGACUAUAUUGCUAAUUAGGUUUAUAUUGUAAUUGUAAAAUAAUCUAAAUUAUAUACUUAAUUAUGAUUCUUUGUGAUGUUAUGAAAUGCAUUUUUAUAACUUAAUAAAUUACAUACAGUGAGAUGUUAUUACACCUAGAUUAGACAGCACUCCAUAGCAUAUAUAAUAGCUUUACUACAGACUAUUAUCAAAUCAAUGUGAUUUUAAUUUAAAUGAUUCUGAGAUCAUCCUACUCCUAACAAGUUAGCCCGCUUCCAUCUUAGAUUGCAUCAUCACUUACCAUUAGGUGAGAUUGUAGUCAAGAGAUAACUUGUAACGAACCAACCAGGGGGUACAGAGAUGUGGAGGUGAACUAUGUUUUUAUUUUUAAAAAGUUUAUUUGUACAUAAACUUAGAUUCAAAAUAAAAAAUCUUUUAAUGUGCAUUAUUAAUAAAUACACUAAUAGCAAACCACUCCGAAUUCUUGGGGUAAUAUCAUCUCCAUGUGGUUAGGCAUUUAAAAUUCUUAAGAUCCUUAUCUAUAACUUAAAAGUAUAACACUAACGCACAACUUUGUAUUUUGUAUUUAAUGGAUAUGCAGUAAAAAAUCUCCCUUCGAAAAUUGGCAAAAAAAAAACCAUUAGUCCUAAAAUGUGCGCCAAGAGGUAAUAUGAAAUAUCCCUUUGACGGGCAUUUUAAGCCUAUGUAGGCCUACCAUGCGCCGACGACAUAAUAUCUCGUGAAGAAAAAUUAACAAAUAUCGAUCAAUACGCUGCUAUUGCUCGACAUUUGUCUGUUUCUCUUCACGAGGUUGUCGUGGUGCGCAUCGUAGGUCCACAGGAGUGACAUUUGUGUCCUUGUUGCUGUCUAUAAACAUUGUAUUCGUCAGACUACAUUGAACAUUUGGCACUAACUUUCUGCUAUUUUGAUUUAAUUUUACUUAAAAAACGCCCAAGCGAGAUACUUGCAAACAAUAUCUGAAAUCAAGAGAUGAAAUAUUUUUUAUUGAGGUUAUUUUAGAAUAAUUUUAAUUUAUUUCUGAUUAAUCUGAAAUUAAAUUGGGAAAUUCAAAAGCGGUCAGAGAAUGUGUAGUGUAUGAAAUCAAGGUCAUGUUCCUGAGUGCGAAUGAAAGCAAAACUUCACAAAGGUUCCGCGAAAUGACGCCAUCUAUACUGACCAUUGGCCUCUUUUAAUAAAAGGACGCACAAUCAUGUAGAAAAUAUCAUUUAAAAACUGGCCAAUUUUGCUUUGGCAUUUUUAGAAUUAUUGGUAAAUAAAAUUAUAUCUAAAGACCUUUAGAUAUAGUCCAAUAUUCAAUAAAAUCUCAAAUUCAAAGCAAAUUCAGCCUUAAGGAUUAAGUUUAAGGUUGAAUUUGCAAAUGCGACUACUUGCAUUGAGUGCCAAGAAGUUGUGACUUGUGUUUGGCACUCAUUGAGUGGGGACGUUUUUUGGUCGCUGAUUGUGCAUCCACUUUUUAAUAGCUGAUCGAUGAUACUGACGGACUAGCAACGUAAUGAUUCUGACGCAGACAGUAAAUGACUGCACCAGUAAGCCUAGGUUGCGAUAUUUGGAAAUGAUAAACGAAAAUGUUUGUAUUGAUAACUGUUACUGAAUUUAUUUUUAUUUAGAAAAAUUACUCAAAAUGGCUGACAGAAGAGAUGUCAGACUUCAAGAUAAAUGUUCAGUGCCUUUUAACUUGAAACUUUGUACGUUUAUUACUAUUUUAUGUGACUGGCGAAUCUAGAGAUGUCCUACAAUUUAUUCUAAAUUGUUCUUCCGAAAUUUUCAAUUUUCGAGCUGCAUGGAACUAUACCGUAAAAUCUUGCCCUGACUAUUGUAAUAAAAAAAUCUUCUUUUGAGAUUACCUACUUAUUUAAAUCUGUAACGUAUUUUUAUAUCAAUGUUACUAAACAAAUCUUUGUGUGAACAUUUAUAAAAAUUUUGCCUGGAAUGUUACUAUUUUUAUCUAUUUAGGUUAUGAAAGAUUCUGUGGUAUUUAACUUUAUAAUAAAACUUUAAAAUCUCA